AUGCCAUUCAAUACCCAGGUUCUCUCUCAGCUGCAUGAGGCUGUGAAUGCGGCAUACUCCGACCAGAAAAUGGGUAUUCCGGGAGCUACUGUUGUCGUCAUCGGCAAGGAUGGCAAUGAGCUUUUUGCAUACUCUGCCGGCAAGCGGCGAGUAGUCACUUCUGAGCCGAUGACUCUUGACAACAUUUAUUGGAUUGCUUCUUUUACCAAGAUGCUUACGAGCCUUGCUUGUAUGCAACUUGUAGAACAAAGCAUCCUGAAACUGGAUGAUGAAGACCACCUUGAGAAUCUCUGUCCUGAACUGAGAGAUUUGAAAGUGCUGCAAGCCGAUGGAAAAUUGGAGGAGAAGAAGAAUACCAUUACGCUCCGGAUGUUGUUGAGUCACACUGCCGGGUUUGGUUACACGUUCUUAAAUAAAAGGCUUAGGGAUUGGGCUCUUCCAGUGGGUGGCGAUGAGUGUUCUGGCCAACUUGACGACGUAAAACUGCCGCUGCAUUUUCAACCGGGUGAGGGCUGGGAAUAUGGAGUCGGCAUUGACUGGGCAGGAAUAGCACUGGAACGAGCAAUCGGGCUCACACUCGACAGGUACUUGAAAAAGCAUGUUUUCAAGCCACUAGGUAUCAAGGACAUGUCGAUGAUUCCAAGCAAAGACAUGCGAGCGAGGCUUGCGUACAUGCACAGCAGAGACCCAGAUGGGACAUUGAGGCCAAGAGACCAUUUGCUCCGGCAACCUCUAGUCGUCAACCCGGAUGACGCGUCGGAGACGUCGAGAGCCUUCAACAGUGGCGGUGCAGGAGUGUUUGCCAAACCACAAGAAUAUUGCAAGGUUCUAGCGGUGCUUCUCAACGACGGAGCUUGUCCUCAUACUGGAGUUCAGCUUCUCCGCAAGGAAACGGUUGAGGAAAUGUUCCGCAUCCAAGUAACUCGCUUCCCAGACUUUGGUCGUCAGUUUAUUCCAGCGGUCAAGGCAGACUUGACCAACCCUAUCCCCGAGCUGUAUCCAGUUCCUGGAAACCCGGCACAGGACUGGGGCCUCACCUUUAUGUUGAGCAAUGGUGGAGCAACAGGCCGAUCAGCAGGGAGUGGGCACUGGGUAGGGUUGCCAAAUCUUUGGUGGUGGUGUGAUCGUGAGAAUGGAGUUGCAGGGAUCGUGUGCACUCAGAUCUUGCCUUUUGCAGAUGCAUAA